AAGGUGACCGUCGUAUAAAGUGUGACGCUCCGUACCGAAGUUAGAAACGGUUGCGACUCGGCUCCGCGGUUUUCUCUUACUUCUUUAACCACCUACUACUAGUGACGAACAUUGCAAUUUGGUCCUCAUGGCUUAUCGUAUCAGACACUGGAUACCAGAUUGGUUCAUCCAUAAUCUGAGGCAUCUCUUAUAAUGGCAUCACCUACUCCAUCUUUACCAGAUUCUUCACUAUUUGGAUCUCCUCAGUUAGGCUCCUUUGGGGACCAAUCAUCUCAACCAGAAAGUUUGGGUACCGAGUGCGGCCUUUGCCACGAGACUUACACUGUCCCCAAAGUAUUGCCUUGCUUGCACACUUUUUGUCAACCUUGUCUUGAAAAGGUCCAGGAGAACCAUGAUAAAAUAACAUGCCCAAAGUGUGAACAAGAUUGCAUUCUUCCUGCUCAAGGUAUAGCUGGACUACUUUCUGAUUACGCCAUCAACAACGUACUUGAGACAUCUUCGAUAGACGGCUCUCCUCUUUCUUGCACUGGUUGUAAAACCAAAGAUACGCACGCAGUAGCUCGGUGUUUUGACUGUGCCAAUUAUUUGUGUGGAAAUUGCGUCAUGGCUCACCAAUAUAUGCAUUGCUUUGAAGGGCAUCACGUCGUCAAUCUUAAAGAUCAAACAAACAAAGAGGACUUUAAAACUGAAAAACUGUUAUGUUGUCCUCGACAUAAAGCCGAAACUCUGCGUUUCUUUUGUAGGACAUGUAACAUACCAAUAUGUAAAGAGUGCACUACUUCUGAGCAUCUGAAAGGGCUGCAUGAUUAUGAUCACAUAUCAGAAAUAGGUACAAGGCAGGUGGAAAUUCUGGCAGAUCUUGUUGAGCAAAGCAAGGCUAAGACCAACGAUUUAAGAAAUGCUGCCAAAUCUGUCGAGCAUUUAUCAUCCCGUCUUCAAAUGCAGUAUCACAAAGCACAAGCAGAAAUCAAUGAUACUUUUAAUUUUUACUGUUCAGUAUUGGAAGAACGCAAGGAGGAAUUAAUGAAAGAACUUGAGGAUCUUUAUAAUACUAAAAUGGUUUCCUUGAGUUUAGUUGGAAACAAAGUUCAGGAAAUGGUAGAAAAUGCAAAUAAUCUUUCUUCCUAUUUUGAUCGAAUUACAAAAUUUUCUAGCACUACUGAAAUUCUAGUAUUUAAACAGCUUCUUGAUUCUAAAUUGCAUUGUGUUAUAUCUUAUAACCCCGAAGUAAAUAUGCAGUCCAUGGAUCUUGAGUUCCUGUCCAAUUACCAAGCCAUCCAGGUUGGAGUAAGGAAUACAUUUGGUUACAUCCGCCAUAGUUCUGAGGCUGCUCCAACUACGAAACCACAACCUAUUGCCAGACCAAAUGGCGUCGUUAAUUCGGAUCGCACUAACACAUACCAAAACGGACAUGGUUACGAAUCGAAUAUCAUAUCUAAAAGAUUUGGAUCUGCUAAUAGCCUUGGGCCUUUUUCUACUAGCUUAAGUGAUAUAAGCCCUUAUGAAAAAUGGUCCAGUGGCCCUACAGAUGUAUUCCAAAAUGGUACAAAUGAUACGUUUCAUCUAGGUGUGGAUCCUGUUAUUGAUCUGACAUCCAAGUUCAUUUCUGCUACGAUGUAUCCUCUGAAAUCACAAAUAAAAAGACAAAAAAUGAUCUAUCACUGUAAAUUCGGAGAGUUUGGUGUCAUGGAAGGACAGUUUACUGAACCAAGUGGAGUGGCUGUUAAUGCGCAAAAUGACAUUAUAGUUGCAGAUACCAAUAAUCACAGGAUUCAAAUCUUUGAUAAGGAAGGAAGAUUCAAAUUUCAGUUUGGGGAAUGUGGUAAACGUGAUGGACAACUUUUAUAUCCUAACAGAGUUGCUGUUGUUAAAACUUCUGGUGACAUCAUUGUUACCGAAAGAAGUCCAACACAUCAAAUACAAAUAUAUAAUCAAUAUGGACAAUUUGUAAGAAAAUUCGGGGCGAACAUACUUCAACAUCCUCGUGGAGUGACUGUAGACAUUAAAGGUCGUAUAAUUGUAGUUGAAUGCAAAGUAAUGAGAGUUAUAAUAUUUGAUCAACUUGGAAAUGUCUUGCAGAAAUUUGGAUGUUCUAAGCAUUUAGAAUUUCCUAAUGGCGUCGUGGUGAAUGAUAAGCAGGAAAUUUUCAUCAGUGAUAAUAGAGCUCACUGCGUGAAGGUUUUCAAUUAUGACGGUGUAUUCCUUCGUCAAAUCGGAGGUGAAGGUUUAACCAACUACCCCAUUGGAGUUUGCAUUAAUCAGAAUGGAGAAAUUUUAGUGGCCGACAAUCACAACAACUUUAAUAUCACCAUAUUCACUCAAGAUGGACAGUUAGUUAAUGCUUCUGAGAGUAAGGUCAAGCAUGCCCAAUGCUUCGAUGUAGCUUUGAUGGAUGAUGGUUCAGUUGUCCUUGCUAGUAAAGAUUAUCGCCUGUAUAUCUACCGUUACAUGCAGAUCCCAAGUCUUGGAAUAUAAAAUGAAAAGCAUCUUUAUGAGUUGUUGUAUAUGAAAUGUUACCCAAUUAUUGCCUUUUUGGAACUGUGGCAGCUGUUACGAAUGAAAGAUGAAAUAAGGGAAUAAUGAAAAUUUAAUGGAAGAAAAAAAAUAUUUGGUAAGGUUGGUGUUUUAAAAGCAUUUUCUGCAGUAUUGAAACUUAAAUGUAGUUUUGCUUCAUAUAACCGAAUUUAACACAUUGGAAUGUCUUGUGUAGAAACGAACAAUGUUUUUAAACAUGCAUUUCAGAACUGUUCUCUCUUCCUUAAAUUAUCAAGUUUUCUUUCUUUCAUACACAUUUGAAUUCAUAAAGCAGCUGUCACUUGUUAGCGAAAGGGCACGUCAAACUAAAGUAAUUUUUUAAAAGUGUCCUCUAACUCUACAAGAAUUGUUAUGUUGGAUAUGAGAUUAAAAUAGUUACUUUGAAAGAAAUACCAUAUUUUUUUGCAGUUAUCGAAUGGUAUUACUGGCCCUAGUCAUAAUAGUCAGCAGCUAUUGAAGCUUCUUCCAUUGCUUGUUCCCACAAAUUUUUGUGCUAUGUUAAAAAUAUAACAGUGUUUUUAACUUAUUUAUUAAAGAGUAAACUUAACUUUUUACGAAAACUAGAAGCCAAAGAUGCAUUGUAAUUUUUCCUGUGAUCUCUUUGAAGAUUGGGGCCACUUGUUGAAAACAGUUGUUGAACACUCUGCCAGCCUGAAAUUUCUGCCUUACUAAAAUGCUUGGACUACAGCAUCUACCUUUGCCUUCGUGACCUGUUUGACGCACCAGGUCUGUUUUCUUCCAAUACUGUGCAGGCACUAUUUCUCCUGUACUGUCGGUUUAGAUGAACUUCCAGGUUUUAUGAGUUAUGUUUAACAUGGGUGCCAAUUUUCCCUGUUAAUUUUAGUGUUUAUUAAAUUUUGUGUUGACUUAUUUAUAUUCACUACUCGUUCGUAUUACCUUCCAAAUAGAUUUUUAAUUAUAGUAGAUGGAAGUGUUGAAGCCCGUUAUAUCAAGAUCUGAUAGUUGUAUCUCGAGUCAUGCAAACGUCUGCUUCGGCAAACUCAGUCUCUGUUAUAUUCCAAAUAUUUAAGCAUUUAACUUUUAACUGGUUAAACUAUGAGCAUUGAAAAACAAGUUACCGUUGUGAAUUUGAUAGAAUUAGUUUUGUUUAUUGUUUAAAGUUUGUAAGCUGAGGAUCGCACUAAUUAAUUGAUGGACCAAGUUAAUGAAUUAAACUGAUCCUUUAAAUAGCCACCUGUAAAAACAUUGUAGUGCCGCAUGUGGUUUGUAUAUGUACUUUAGUUGUAAUGUGUCUUGCCUUUUAUACUAUACAAUCAUAUAUUAAAAUGGAUGUUUACUCGUGUGUUACUCUUAAAGUGAAAAUAGAAAUUUGUAUUUUUACACUGGUCUUUAUAAGAACUGUUUAAGCAUUGGCCAGUAUGCCAGAAAAUGCACUCUUUCUUUUCACCAAAGAUACUCGUUUUUAGCACUGUUAGUGCAGAAAAAAUGUUUGCAAUACGAUGUUUUAAAUUUGUGCACGUUUUGUGUUAGUAUUUAUUAAGAUGCUUAUAUUGUGGCAGCAGACUUAAAUUUUUUCUUUUACUUAUGGUUGUGUAUCUGGCAGUUGAUUUAUUUGUUUGUUGUUUGUUUUUCACUAAAAGAGUUAAUAUAUUCGCUCUUCACUAGAUGUUUUUAGAAAAUUCUACCUCGAUGAAUGAGUUUUGCAAUAACUUGAUUUUAUGCUAUCAUUCCUUUUUGUUACCGCCUUUUUGGAGGUGUUUUAAUUACUGGUUUUGCAUGCUUGUUAGUACUUUUCAUCUUUUGUCUUAUAUAUUGCUUUAAAAUGAAAUGAUCUCACAUUACUUUGAUAAUUUAUAUAUUAUAAGUAAUUGUAAUUUUAUUACUAUAUUAAACUUAUGUUUUAAUGUUCGAAUUGUUUAUCGUAGUUUACUGUUUUUAACACUUUAUUUUUUUGACCAUUUAUUCGUUAAGAAUGGUCUUAGAUCUAUGCAUAUGUAGCACUUAGAGAAACUGUGAAUAUGUUCAUAAUUCUCAAAAUAGCAUUUUUGCAUUGUAAUGUAGCAUUUGUAGUGCGCUAUGUCACUAUUUGUUUUUAGAAUUUCGGUUGAUCAGUGUGUAAGCUUCGUAGCGCUCAAUUCUGUGGAACAAGUUAACAGUGCUUUUUACACCAUGUUUGAGCUAUUUUCGGAUAACAGUAAUUUUUGUACAAGUCUUUUUAUAGCAGUGAUGUUGUAAUAAUUAAACAAAAUCAGUUACAUUGGUAUUAAAGAUUUUGGUGUUUUUAAAUAAUAGCCUUUUUAAACUGUUGUGCAGUAUCUGUUUACACUCGUGUAUUUCAUUUUUUGCAGUAAAGGUUGCAAAAGACCCUUUGGCACUGUUAAGAACUGCUGUCCGCAGUUUUGUGCCAAGAGAAGCACUGUGUAUUUUUAAAGUUUUGAUUUUGAGAGUAUAAUUUUAUUUUAUUUUAUUUGCAUAUGGCUGACAAAUUAACAUAAUUUUUUCAAAAAAAUUAAAUGCUGCUUGCACAAUGUUAGAAGUUAUUUUUGUAUACUAUCAAGACUAUUUUUUCUACAUGUUUCUGGCCUCAGUUUUGUAUUCAUUUUCAGAACAUGACGGCCUUUUCUUUGUCAGCCACAUGUUUAAGCUCAAUUUUCAUUGUUCUGAAAUUUGACAGAUUUUUUUUUUUUUGUGUUAAGUUAGUGGUUAUGCUGUUUUGUUACUUUUAUUAAAUUUUUCAUGUGUUGAAAUCUUAAAUGUUAAACCUAAUAUAUAUUUCAUCAUUAAUCGACAUAUCUUAUAAAAGUAGUAGUGUUUGUAUUAUAUAUAUAUAUAUAAGUGUGUAGACAAAUUAUAUACCCUAGAUGUUUAGUCAUGUCAGCAAAAAUGGCCAGGUUUUUUCCACUAUGCAAUGCUUCUUUUACUUUUCUAUUUUAUUUCUAGCCUUCAGAAAGAACAAAUGUAUUUUGCCUUGGCCGAUUUUUGAUAAUCGUGUUGAAUAUACAGAUCUGUUAAUUCUCAUGGUGGCUACUUUUUAAGCUGCAGUCUGUGUUACAUGGAAAAACCUUUCCCAUAAAACACGUAGUUAAAUAUCCUUAUAAAUAUAUUUGUACUGAACUCAC